CUCCGUCAAGCCAAGAGGACAUGCAGCUCGUCAGCGAGCUGUCAGCAGUCAUUGAAGAUGCAGCUUCUUUGAACGAGGCAGGGACGAGCGAGCCGAUCAAGCUGGUCCUGGACAAGGCCGUUGGCAACCUCCACGACACGUUCUACUCUCCGGGGAGCCUGGAGUUCAUGUCGCUGGGAGAGUGGGCGAAGUCGCUGGGAGACAAGCGCUGGACUCGCGUGCAAGGAGAGAGCAAGAAGGCAAGGAGGGGCAGCGCGUUCUCGCCACGGGCAACGGCAGCUGCUGAGCUUGAGCAGGAGGCGGAGAGCGACGACAUAGAGCGUCGAUCUCUUAGCCUCCUGUUCAUAGCACUGAGUAAAUUCGCAGAGAUGCAUGUGCUGGCCUGCUCGCUGAAGGUGGACAAGAAGGACCGACUGCGAGUGGAGAUGAGGGAAGAUGACGAAGAAGAGGAAGACAUGGAGGAAGAGCAAGGCGAGGGCGAGGAAGAAGACGGGGCGAGCCCGUACCGAGCUUGAGCUGAGCUCAAGGUAAGGAGAGAAGGUAGGAGGCGACCGAAGGCCAAGGUGAGGAGAGGCAACUCUCCUGACUGAAGCUGAGGAAGCUGAAUGGAGGACGAGUAGGUGGCGACCGAAGGCCAAGGUGAGGAGAGGCAACUCUUCUGACUGAGGCUGAGGAAGCUGAAUGGAGGUAGAGUAGGUGGCGACCGAAGGCCAAGGUGAGGAGAGGCGACUCUCCUGACUGAGGCUGAGGAAGCCAAGAGAAGACAGCAGAAGUAGAGAGUAGAAAGACGCCUCAGAAGCAGGGUUCGCAUUGUAGGCCGUGUACUCCCAGUGCUCGAGCGCCUCUUUAGACUAGGAUCAAAUUGCAAAAGCCCACAACGAGGCCGAGCAACAUUCUAGCAUUCUAAUAAACUCACAUAAUAAU